AUGGGUCGCUACGGACCUUCCAGUGGCUCUAAUGACAAUGGAAUCAGUAGCAGAAGAGGAAAUGGCCGAUAUACUAACGACCAGAGUGAUGAAUUUUAUGAGAAGAGAAAAAGAGAGCGAGAUGCUAUUGAAUUUAGCAUCUGGACAGGGAUUCCUAGUCCUCCUCCUAUGAAGAAGAAGACUAAAAAGGAAAAGCAGCUACUGUCUUCAUCCAGAUCGUACAGUGACUUGGAGGUUUCUAGCUCGGACAGUGAAGAGAAGCGUCGUCGACGUCGAAAAAAGAGCAAGCAGAAGACCAAGUCUUCACGUCGUUCUCAUACGAAGAAAAGCUCGAAAAAGAGUAAAAAACACAAGAAGGAGAGCGCAAAGAGCCGUAAAAGACGCCAACGCUCCUAUAGUGAGAGUGACAGUGGCAACAGUCACAAUGGCGAUGACUCGCAUGACUCGGGCGUGGAUAGCCACGAUAGCUUGGAUGAUAUGAAUGAAAAUGAGAAAAGCGAAGCGAACAAGUUUAAGGAAGCGGUGCAAGGUUCUCGCCAGAACAUCGAGGAGGAGGAGGAGAUUGGACCAAAACCGCUUGCGGCAGCUGAAGAGACGGCCGCUUCGUCGCUGCACUACGGCAAGGCGCUGCUACCUGGUGAAGGUGCGGCUAUUGCUCAGUUUGUGCAGAAAAACAUGCGUAUUCCGCGUCGCGGUGAAGUUGGAUGGAACGGUGAGGAAAUUGAGAACCUGGAGAACCUGGGCUACGUGAUGAGUGGUAGUCGCCACAAGCGCAUGAAUGCUGUCCGUAUUCGGAAGGAAAACCAAGUGUACACUGCUGAAGAGAAGCGAGCGCUAGCACUCAUUAACUUUGAGGAGAAACAACAGCGGGAGAACUCAAUCAUGAAUGAUUUCAAGGAGAUGCUGACGGAGCGGCUGACGAAGAAACAUGGCUCUCGACUUGUGGAAGAUAUGGAGUCGUCGGCAAAGGACUAG